UAGCCAGUGGAUUGCAGGCAUGUUGUGGAAGUUAGUAUUGAGGUCUCAGCCCUGCAGGCUGUAUUCUUUCCGAAAAACGCUAUCAACUCCAAAACACAGGCCUCUCUCAGCAGCCUUUACCUAUACAACCAAUAAACAAUCAGACCAAGAAAAUAAAAAGACUGUGGAAAAGCUCUACAAAUUAUCCGUUGACAUUAGGAAAAUUCGCAGAUUGAAAGAAUGGGUACUUUUGGAGGAUGAAACCUAUGUUGAAGAAAUUGCAAAUAUUUUACAACAACUAGGUGCCAAUGAGGCUACUGUGGCCAGUAUUUUGGAACGCUGUCCAGAAGCAGUCGUCUGUAGUCCAACUGCUGUUAACACUCAGAGAGAACUCUGGCAGUUGGUCUGCAAAAACAAUGAAGAGUUAGUCAAGUUAAUAGAACAGUUUCCAGAAUCUUUUUUCACUGUGAAAGACCAUGAAAACCAGAAGAUGAAUGUACAGUUCUUUCAAGAGCUGGGACUCAAAAAUGUGGUUAUUAGCAGAUUUUUGACAACUGCACCUAGUAUUUUCCAGAGUCCUAUUGAGAAGAAUAAACAGGUUAUAAAGAUUCUCCAAGAGAGUUACCUACAUUUAGGUGGCUCAGAGGCCAACAUGAAAGUUUGGCUACUUAAGUUAUUAAGCCAGAACCCAUUUAUUUUGUUAAAUUCUUCUACAGCUGUAAAGGAGACAUUAGCGUUUCUCCAGGAACAAGACUUCACAAACACUGAAAUUCUACAACUCCUGUCCAAACUCAAAGGAUUUCUUUUUCAGCUUUGCCCCAGAAGUAUACAGAACAGUCUUUCCUUUUCUAAAAGUGCUUUUAAAUGCACAGAUCAUGACCUGAAGCAAUUAGUUUUGAAAUGUCCUGCCCUUUUAUAUUAUUCUGUUCCAGUUUUGGAAGAGAGAAUUCAGGGAUUAUUGAAAGAAGGAAUUUCCAUAGCUCAAAUAAGAGAGGCACCAAUGAUUCUUGAACUCACACCACAGAUAGUACAGUACAGGAUAAGGAAACUGAAUUACUUAGGUUAUAAAGUAAAGGAUGGAAACCUGGAAAAUCUCAAUGGAACAAAAAGAGAGUUUGAGGAUAACUUUGGUAAAAUUCAGGCUAAAAAAGGAAGGCCGUUAUUUAACCCUGUGGCACCAUUAAAUGUUGAAGAGUGAUUGCUGACUUGUGCUUUCCAGCGAGCAGAGUGAAACUGGGUAGCACAGACUGAGUGAUUGAGGCACUCAUAUGCUCCAAUAAUUUUAAAAACUGACUUGGCUUCUGAGUUGUGUUUAAGUUACCUGUACAACUAGUUCACUGUAUU